AUGCAAUUGUCAAAAUAUCCAAAAAAUUUAGAAGAAAUGAAAAUUGCUCGUUAUUUCUUCCAAUUACUUUUUAACUGUUCUUUCGACAAUUUUCGAAUUCAUCAGGCAAUAAUUAACCCGCAAAUGAUUGAAUUAUUGUUUGUUAAUGAAAUUGCAAGAAAUGUGCCUUUACAAAUUCAUUCUCAAGAAACGUGGUUACUUCUUUACGAUGACCAUCUUUUAAACUUUCUUGCAAACCAUUUGGUUACUAAUCAUUUUUACGUUGAGUUUGAUGACCGUUUCGAUGAAGAGGAAAAUGUGGAUAUUUUAUUUAAAAUUUUGGCUAUUGGAGGAAUCAAAUCUUCUAGAAUUACUUUUUUGCACCUUAGCUCGAAGCUUUACAAUUGUAUUAUUGAGAAUAUAGCAGCAUCACAAGACAUUUUUAAAAUGCCGAACGAAAUUGGAUUUAAUGGUAUAUGGGGACCUUUAAUUUCGAGUGAAAGAGCAACAAAUGUUGAAGUGACUACUGUUGAAGACGAACUUAAAUGUACAAAAUUUCAACUUGUCAAUAAAUACAAUCCAAAAAUGGUGUUUUCUGUGUCUAUUGAAGAGUGCUAUACUGAUAUACAUGUGGCAGGUCAAGAAAAUAAGGAGAUAGGAGUUAUAGCUGAAAUUAAAAAAAUUGAGUGAUUUAUAUAUGUUUAUAUGCGUAUAGGUAUGUGUUUGGAUUAUUAAUUAGAGUUGUGUUGGCGACUUGUUUUAUUAACCGAUUCCCUCUUGGUUUUCAGUUGAUUCAGAUUUUGAGAAUUUUUUUUCGAUUUUGGCUUUUAGUUUAAAUAGCAGGUAUUUUUAGAGAUCGGCACAGGACAGGAUCCCGCACAGGAUUUUUCAGGAUCCUGUCCGAAAUCCUGCCUUUUUUUCAGUUUUCAGGAUUAUCAGGAUUCCAGGAUUUUCAGGAUUAAUUUUGCAGGAUCCUGUCCUGUUCGAAAUUUUUAAACCCAAUUCUGAUACAGGAUCCGUCCUGUUAAUUUUCACUGUUCAGGAUUUUAUUUUUGUCUUCCUAGCCUUCCAAAAUCUUCAAAAUUUUCCAAAUCUUCAUUUCCUAAUCUUCAAAUCCAAAAAGUCCCCAUUACUUGGUACUCCACUUACACAACUUGAAAUAC